CAGAGAACACUCAACUGUACUCGGGGAAAAUGUUCUUGGCACGUGUACUGCCGCGUACUCCAUGAGGCAUUCUUUUGUGGAAUACAGCGACACUGAAUUGUGGCGGGUUAACAAAACACUGUGACGGGUUACUGAAGCUGAGUGUUGGCAGACAGGCUCGAGGCACAAGCAGGAGGACCACACAGUUGAGUACCAAAGUGAAGUUUGCAAGGACUCGUCAGAUGGAGCACCUCUCUCUCCCGCCGCUGACCCGCUUCGCCGUGUGCGGCGGCACCCACGGCAACGAGAUGACGGGGGUGCACGUGGUGCGACAAAUGGAGAAAAAUAAGGUCGAUAAAGUCGGGAAUGCGUCUGUAAUGGCGGUGCUUUCGAAUCCUGACGCUGUGAAAGAAUGUAGACGGUACAUCGAAAAAGAUCUCAAUCGUUGCUUCACAUAUGCUAUGCUGAGUGCACCCUUAGGGCCCUCAUCGACUCAGGAGAUGAAGCGAGCUCACGAGCUGAACGCUCUGCUGGGGCCCAAAGGGAGCCCAGAAGCCGUGGACUUGAUAUGUGAUCUCCACAACACCACCUCCAACACGGGCCCCUGCUUCAUUUUGUGCAAGGUCGACUGGAUCGUCAUGCACAUUUGUAAAUAUGUACAGAGUAAAGCCUUGCAUUGGCCCGUGGCAAUAAUCCAGAUGGAUGCAGAUGAAUCUGAGACCUACUCACUUGAUACUGUAGGCAAACAUGGCUUCUCGUUAGAAGUCGGCCCUCAACCCACUGGGGUAGUCAGAGCUGACAUCUACAACAUGGUGAAGGAAAUAUUGGAACUCAUCUUGGAGUGGCUACAAAAGUUCAAUUCAGGAUUUAUUUUUGAAGGCGGACAGUUGGAGGCAUUCAACUGGACCAAGACCAUCGACUACCCGAGAGAUCCCACCACCAAUGAGAUCACAGCUGCUAUUCAUCCCCAGUUACAAGACAACGACUUCAAACUCCUUCGUCCUGGGGAUCCCAUUUUCCUGUCGUUUACCGGGGAGACCAUCACGCACCAGGGAGAGGCGGCCUACCCGUUUUUUGUGAAUGAAUGUGCCUACUAUGAGAAGAAGAUUGCCUUCCACUUAGCUGAGAAGAUCAGCGUCAGCAUCCCGUCCAUCAGUAUGGAGAAAAGCAUGAGCAUCAAUAAAAAAAACAUUUGAAAUUGUUA